CUCAUUGAGAGUCCAUAUAUAGGAUCGCCGCUGCUACCAAUCCUAGCAGCAGCAGCUACCUUGGCAUACAAAAAUAUUAUAAACCUCGAUGGAGAGGGCCACGACGACGUGGUUCCACGCGCAGGCGGCGGCGGCGGCAGCGGAGGACGACCUAUAUCUGGCGUUGACGCCGGCGGGCAGAAGGCUAGACCGGUACGACGAGCAAGCGCAGACGGUGUGCGUGGAGGGCAAGACGGUGCGGUUGUUCCAGUGCCUCUUCUGCGACAAGACGUUCCUCAAGUCGCAGGCGCUCGGCGGCCACCAGAACGCGCACCGCAAGGACCGCCUCGCCGGAGUCCUCGGCGACCCCUACAGCAACGACAGCCCGUUGGGAGGUGCCGCGACCGGGCCGUCCUGCGAUUCUGCUGCCGGCUGGUCCAUGUGCACCUACAUCGCCUCGCACGGCCGUGGCGCCGCGGUGGCUCCAGCCACCGAUGCCUGCACGCAAGAGAGAUGGGGAGGCGGCCGCGCUCCACGCUUCGCUGAGCCGACGCCGCUCCUGGACCCGUCCACUGGCCGCGACGGCAUGGGUCGGUCAAAGGCCUCUGGCGCCGGCGAGGCGCUGGACCUCGAGCUGCACCUCUAGCUAUUAGCGUCGACCGGCCGGCUGCUGAAUUUCAUAUAUAGCACAGGUGUCGUCGACGGAAACAUUCAGCAACAAUUGUAAUCGUCUGUGUCGGCGAUCGAACUUGGUAUCGCCACGUCGGCUGCUCUCGGUAUAUUUGUGUUCUUGCUUCAUAUUGUAGGCAGCUAGCUGGCAUUGUGGUUUCACCCGUCAAUAUUCAUCUCGUGAUAAAAUAAGGAAGCCGAUAACUGCCACACGUGUGGUGUGGAGGGCAACCCGCCCGCACGCAUCGUGUGGCAUAGACGGGAACCGCCCCGCACGACCCCGUCCGCGCGCACAAAAGCGCGCCCGCACGUCCGGUGCGUGGCAACCCCGCCCGCACUGCCUCGUCCGGGCCAGACGAGCCGCUGCCCGCACGACCCAGCCGUUCCCGGCCUCCGAUCCGUCCCCUCUCUCGUCUGCGCCCUUGCCCCCCGCCUGUCGAACCCCGACCUCCGUCGCCGGCCAUCUCUGGUUGCCAUGGCAACCAGAGAGGAUCUGUAGGGCGCUCCCACCGCAAACCACACCCCUUAUCUCCCCCCACCCCAUCCCACCCCCCCAACCCCCACUCCAACAACGCC